AUGGAGGUAAACGCCAGCAAGCUGCGGCUUGGCGCCCAGCGACUGCUUCAGCUAACGGCGAAGGAGCCGCAAGACAACGUGUUUUCCGCAAGCCUACAAAAGUUUAUCAAGAAGCAGAAAUAUGUGCUCCAGGAUGUGGAGCGCCUGUUCCGCGGGCUCAGUGAACAGCUGCCGCUGGCCGCCUACACGGUGCCCGUGGCUGUGUGCUUCGAGGAGCAGUUGCUGCUGCUGCUCUCCAUGGCCCUGCGCUGGGACGCUGCGGCUGGCCAGAGUUUCCGGCUGUAUCAGCAGGAGUGUGCCGCUCUGGCCAAGCUCAUGGACUUCUCGGUGGAUGCGCAAAGAUUUGCCAAGAGCUACUUCCGUGGAAAGCCGGCGCCCUUUGAGGAAAGUCAGAGCAAUGAUAGUUUGUCCAGCAAAAAGUUGAAGAAUGGCAAAAGCACAAAGUAUCCAGAGGACUUGGAGCUCAUCGCAUGCUGCUAUCAGUUACUAAAAAGUGACACCCCCUACUUCCGCGAACUGUGGGACUGGUCCAGCUUUAUUUCCACCUAUGCACACUCCCAUCCAUCCUGUCCGAAGACGCAACUAUACUGCAACCAUAUCAUGGCCAUGCUCACAAGCAUGACUGCUCCCCAGCUGAACGCCCUGAAUGACAAGGUCCCCACCGAAACGCGCUUGGAAUUCGACGGGGAGAGGGAUCAGGUAUGGCUGACUGCCAGGAACACUGGCAACCACAGCUAUAGUCCAGAUGCUGCCGAUCAAUUGCUGAACCUGCAGCUGGAGGGGAUCACUCAGGAUGUGACCAACAUCGAGGGAGUUCUGCUGCCCACAUUCAACAAGGAGAAUCUGGAGUUCUAUGCCAGUACCGAUGGCUGCUACGAUCGUAUUGUGAAGGUGGACUCAACGGUGGUAAACCUGCGAAGCAUUGCUCUUGGCGUGGCAGCUGCCAAGCCCAUUUGCUUAUCUGGACCCGUGGGCUGCGGCAAAACGACGCUCAUUGAGUUUCUAGCCCGCAAAACUGGACGCAUUUGUCCCAAGCCGAAGGAGAUUGAGAACAGAGAAAAGGCUUUAAAGAAAGCUGAGGAAGAGGACCAGCUACUGAUACCGAAGAAAAAGAACUCAAAGAAAACGGGCAGCAAGCGCAAAUUCGAGGAUAUGAAGUUGGAAGAGCUCCUCGAUCUGGGAGAAGCGACGCAAAAUAAUGGCUUUCUACGAAUCCAACUGGGGGAUCAGACUGAUAGCAAAAUGCUGUUGGGUCAAUAUCGAUGCACCGAUGUGCCAGGUGAAUUUGUCUGGCUUCCGGGAGUUUUGACGCAGGCCGUCAUGCAUGGCUAUUGGCUGCUCCUGGAGGACCUGGAUGCCGCCGCCCAAGACACAUACACUAUUUUAAGCAGUCUUUUGGAGCGUCAGAGUCUCAGUGUUCCCGGCUUCCGCGAUGCCGUGAAAAUAGAGCCAGGAUUCCAACUGUUUGUCACAGUGAGAACCAACAAAUCAGCCAGCAAUUCCAGCGCAAAAUCCCUCUACUCCCUCCUGGAUAAAUAUCUGUACACUAUAAAUAUACUACCGCUCUCACGGAACGAGCUCUGCAAGGUCGUCAGCACCAACUAUCCCAAACUGUCCACAGUGGCUAAUCGUAUCGUGGACGUGUUCCUCACCUUCUCCAGCGGUGAUCACACAUCCGCAGAUAAUUUGAGGAAGCAGGAAUCUGGCGACAAGGCUGACAACACGGAGAAUUACGUGGCCUUGCCUUUCGAACAGGUCUCGCUUAGUUCGUCCAGUCCCAAUUCCGGUCGAUUGGUAUCCACGCGUGAUCUGGUGAAGCUGUGCCAUCGCUCCGAUUCUCAGUUCUCGGUGACCAGCGCUGAGUGUGCCUACUUCGUCUUCCAGAACGCAGUGGAUGUGUUUUGUUCCUAUCUGCCGCAGAGUAAGGAGAAGAUCACCCUGAUCAGUAGUAUCGGGGCCAAGCUGGGCAUAAUCCGUUCCCGCUGCGAACACUUUGCGAAUGAAUACAAACCGGAUGUCGAGUUCGGACUGGAGCACAUUAGGAUCGGAAGAGCCAGCUUGCUGGCCAAAUCGGAGCUGGGAAACAGCAGCGAAAACGAGGACUCCUCUGAGCAGGACCUAAAGCGACAGAAGCUAACCGAGCAAACCAAGAGAGCCAUUGGCAAGUUGCCAGGCCAAAAGAAGUCGACCUUCUCGUUCACCCGACUGGCAAGCUGCAUCCUUGAGCGGAUUGCUGUGUGCGUGAGUCACUCGGAGCCGGUGCUGCUCGUCGGUGAAACCGGUGUAGGCAAGACAUCGUCGGUGCAAUAUCUUGCCGAGCGUACGGAGCACAAGCUGGUGGUAGUCAACAUGAACAACCAGUCAGAUGUAUCGGAUCUUGUUGGUGGGUUCAAGCCCGUGGAACUCAAUUAUGUACUUGAACCGCUGCGCAUUGAAUUCGAGUAUCUUCUGUGCGAGACCUUCAAUGCGGAAAAGAACACGCAGUUCCUGCGCAUAUUUAGCACGCACUACAACAGUGGGCGCCACACUGUAAUCAUCCGGACCAUGAUUAAUAUUUGCCUGCAGGUGGCCAAGAAUCCGGAAUUGAGGCGCAACCAGUUGCUGCCCCGCUGGCAGACGCUGAGUGAGAAACUGCAGAAACUGCAGAUGCAGCUGGACAAGAGCAUCAACAUUUCGUUCGCCUUUAUACCCGGCUCCCUGGUGAACUGCAUCAGCAACGGCGACUGGGUUCUGUUGGACGAGAUCAACUUGGCUUCGGCGGAGACCCUGGAAUGCCUUUCCACCAUCCUCGAACCGGAGGGCUCUGUAGUUCUGCUAGAGCGUGGUGACUUCACGCCCGUUAAACGGCAUCCGGACUUCCGCAUCUUUGCUUGCAUGAAUCCUAACACCGACAUUGGCAAGAAGGACCUGCCCGUGGGCAUACGUAAUCGCUUCACGGAGUUCUUUGUGGACGAACUGACAACGGAUGCAGACUUGAGUCUUCUGGUGAGCGAUUACCUAGCCAAUACUGGCAUCCAGCGAAAGUCCGUGCACAGCAUCGUCCAGCUGUACAAAUCCCUGCGACGGCUGUCGGAGCUCCAGCUGAAUGAUGGCCUCGGCAAUCGUCCCGUUUACUCGUUGCGUACUCUGUGCCGCAGCUUGAGGAUCUGUGCGCGAAAUCUUUGCGGCUCAAUCGAGCGGAAUCUGUACGAGAGCUUUUGUCUGAGUUUCCUCACCCAACUGGAUCCAGAGUCGCACCACGUAGUGCUGCUGCUCAUCCAAAAUGCGUUGCUAUCCAACGCCAAGGCAGUCUUGAGUAAACAGUUGCCUCAAUUGGGUGAGAAUUAUCUGGCCUUCGAAGGCUACUGGAUUCAGCCGGGUAACUUGGAGCUGCAGCCGUGCUCGCACUACAUUCUCACGGAAAGUGUGAAAAAGAACCUGAAGGAUUUGGCCCGUAUCAUUUCGAUUGGAAAGCUGCCGAUCCUGCUGCAGGGACCCACUAGUGCGGGCAAGACCAGUUUGAUCGAUUACGUGGCCAGACGGAGUGGCAAUCGGUGCCUAAGGAUCAACAAUCACGAGCACACGGAUCUUCAGGAGUAUAUUGGCACGUAUGCGGCAGAUUUGGACGGCAAGCUGACCUUCCGGGAGGGCGUUUUGGUGCAGGCCAUGCGCCAUGGCUUCUGGAUUAUUCUGGAUGAGCUCAAUCUGGCCUCCACGGACAUUCUGGAGGCUCUCAAUCGUGUGCUGGAUGACAACAGGGAGCUGUACAUUGCGGAGACCCAGACGCUGGUCAAGGCCCAUCCCAACUUUAUGCUGUUUGCCACACAGAAUCCGCCGGGUCUCUAUGGCGGUCGAAAGACCUUGUCGCGAGCCUUCAAGAAUCGAUUUAUAGAGCUCCACUUUGCGGAUAUACCACGAGUUGAGCUGGAGACCAUUCUUGAGAAGCGCUGUUUGAUUCCGCCGUCCUAUGCCCGCAAGAUGGUCCAGUGCAUGACGCAGCUACAGCAGCAUCGUCAGAACACCGCCAAGCAGGUGUUCACCCUGCGUGAUCUCUUCCGCUGGGGCAAUCGUUAUACACACGCAGACAAGUCGCUGCACGAGGACACAAAGUAUGACUGGAAUCAGCAUCUUGUGGAGGAGGGCUAUCUGGUGCUGUCCUCCAAGGUGCGGUCACAGGAAGAGCACGAGCUGAUCGAGAGGACACUGCACGCCAACUUCCGCAAGAAACUGGAUAUGCAGCAGCUCUUCGACGUCCAAACGGAGCGGGAGAACUCCUCCAUGGUGAGUCGAAAGAUUCUGAAUGCCAUUAGGAACUUCAAGUUGCGCGGCGACAUUGUCUGGACUCGCAAUAUGACCCGCAUGGCUGUGCUCACCGCAAAGGCCUUGGAAUUCAACGAACCUGUGCUCCUGGUCGGUCCAACAGGUUGCGGCAAGACCACCGUUUGCCAGUUACUCGCCAGCAUUGCGGAUGUCCAGCUGCGCAUACUCAAUUGUCACAUGCACACUGAAGGAGCGGACUUCUUGGGCGGAUUGCGUCCUUGCCGCGGAAAGGAAUCUACACAGCUGUUCGAGUGGGCCGAUGGUCCCCUCAUCUAUUCCAUGCAGGAAGGAUCCUACUUUAUGGCCGAUGAAAUAUCCCUGGCUGAGGAUUCAGUAUUGGAGCGUCUCAAUUGCAUUCUGGAGCCAGAGCGCACGGUACUUCUGGCGGAGAAGGGCGGCGUUGCCGAGGUGGAUGUAAAUCCGGACUUUGUGGUGCAGGCUAAGCCGGGCUUCCAGUUCCUGGCCACCAUGAAUCCUGGUGGAGACUUUGGAAAGAAGGAACUCUCACCCGCUUUGAGAAAUCGUUUCACCGAGGUCUGGUGCCUGCCCUCCGACAACAAGGAGGAUCUCAUUCAGAUUGCCUACAACUGCAUGAACAGACAGGAGGGUCAGGACAAGAUAAAUACGCACAAAGUGGCCCAGUAUCUGGUUGAGAUCGUCCUGCAUAUCCGAGACUCCAACGAGAAGUUUAAGUUUUCGGUGCGCGACAUCCUGGCCUGGGCCAAUUACAUGGUCAGCAAUAGCAGACUUAGCAUUGCCGAGCAAGCCAUAUUCGGUCUGGAAACUAUUUUCCUGGAUGCUCUCGAAAUGCUACCCCACGAAUCGCAGGAGCAAGUGGAACAGCUUAAGGCUAGGAUUACCAAGGAGGCUGUCGAUCAGGCAGGUCUGAUCCUGAACCAAAAGUUUGCCCUGGAGGAAGUUAUGCAGAAGAGAGGCGUUGAAGUCCAGCUGGAUGAGUCGCGCUUUGGCAUUCGUCCGUUUUUCAUAGAAGUGAAUCCGGAACGCUUGUCGCCGGCCAAGGCAGAAUUCCUAUUCGAUGCUCCCACCACCAAGCAGAACCUAUUCCGUUUACUAUCCGCCCUGUCGCUCCACAAGCCUGUGCUCCUGGAAGGACCGCCUGGUGUGGGAAAAACAUCCAUUGUGGAGAGCAUUGCGGCAGCCAUUGGAUAUCAGAUCGUCCGAAUUAAUCUCUGCGAGCACACCGACUUGGCUGAUCUUUUCGGCACCGAUCUGCCGGCUGAGGAUAACCUGCUCGAGUCCGAAGUGGCAUCUUCGGGUCUCCGUCAAAUGGGCAGCUUUGUGUGGCGCGAUGGCCCACUGUUGGCCGCUCUGAAGGCUAAGAAUACCUGGAUCCUGCUGGACGAGCUGAAUCUGGCGCCGCAAUCCGUGCUGGAGGGUCUUAAUGCAGUGCUGGAUCAUCGCGGAGAAGUCUACAUUCCGGAAUUGAACAAGAGUUUUCACUUGGCUGGCUCCACGCGUAUUUUUGCCUGCCAAAAUCCCCUCAAGCAGGGUGGAGGACGCAAGGGCUUACCACAAUCCUUCCUCAAUCGCUUUACAAAAGUGUAUCUCCGCAAGCUGACCACCGAAGAUCUGCUCCAUGUGGUGAAUGCCAAGUACGGAACGUACUUUGAGCAGUUGAAUCGCCAUUUCGUAGAACUUCUGGACAAGAACUCCAAGGGAAAUCUCUUUGAUAUCUACGAGGGAAAAGGAACCAAAGCUCCAACAAACGACUUUGAUUUAGCAGCUCGCUUGGUGCUGUUCUCGGAGCAACUCGAUCGAGGAGUAGCCUCCAUGGAAUUUGGUUACAAAGGCGGCCCCUACGAAUUUAAUCUCCGUGAUAUUCUCCGCUGGUGUGAUCUGCUCCACAAUCCACAAACCGGUUACAUCAUGGCAAAAAAAUCAACUCUUCGACAAGCUUUCCACGACUUUCUGCUGACCCUUUACGAAAGAAUGCAGCUAGUGUAUUACCAAAGGAUGCGCUGUGACCAGGACAAGUUGUAUAUACGAAAUGUCUUCUCCGCUGUCUUCCAAUGCGAUGCCGAGCAGCUGAAUGCUAUAUCCGAGGAUGUGGCUCUUUAUUGGACAGCGGAUAAGGUGUAUCUAAAUGAUGUGGUACUGCAGCGAGAGCAGGGCGAUAUUCUUGACAUGGCCACACGACAGGAGCAGGAGCCACCCAUGCUACUGGACAGCCAGAGGCAGCUGCUCAAGCAGAUCGUUGAGACCGUGCACAUGGAAAAGCCUCUGCUGCUCUGCGGAUCCACGGACAGUGGCAAGACCAAGCUGAUUGAUGCCCUCUGUGUGCUUUCUAAUCGAGCUUGCAACACAGACAUCAUUGAUGACUCGGUGACGGGUAGUUUUCAGCAGAUUGAUUUGAAUCGUCACCUGGAGGUGAUUUACAAGAAGGUGGAGAUCCUGGUCUUUGCCAGCGUUCAACGUGCGUUUGUUCAGCAGAUUCAUUCGGAAUUUACAGAGCAGUUGUGGAACUUCUGGAGCAAAUACAAUGCCCUAGCUAAGGUGACAACAGAGUCCCAGCAACACAGCGUAUUGGAUGAACUGAAGCUGUUUAGCGAGCGUUUGGAUUCACUGGGUAAGAUCAUCGAGAAGCUGGAGGCCACGCCGGCGGCAUGCCAAGUGGAGGCAUUCCAACAGCUAAAGGACAUCAAAUCGCAGCUCUUCCUGCUACAGGCGUACAUUAAGUCAGCCGAUUCACUCAACACGGGCGGAUCUUUUGAGUGGGUGGACUCCCGAAUCGUGACCUCCCUGAAAUGCGGUCAAUUCAUUUUGCUCGAGCAUGUCAAUCUCUGUUCGUCGGCUGUCCUGGACCGCCUGAAUCCUGUAUUUGAGCCGAACGGAAGCCUGCUGAUUGCUGAAAAGGGAAUUAGCGCCCAGGAUAGUGCUGAGGUGGUGACCAAGUCCCCCGGUUUCCGGGCCUUCCUCACCGUGGAUCCCAAGAAUGGAGAACUAUCGCGAGCCAUGCGCAACCGUUGCAUUGAACUAUCCCUGUCCAGGGACAGCUACUCUGUGGAUGACAUGCGUGCAUUUGUCCAUGAGCAAGGCGUGCACCAAACCGAGGCCAUAGACUGUAUUCUGGGCAUCCACAAGGGUAUCAGUCAGCUGACAGAGUUUAAUAGCUACACCAUCUCUCACCUGACCCAGUUCGCCUUCCUGAGUGCGGCGUACAAGCGGAUCGGUUACCAGCUCAAACGUGCCAUCUAUGUGGCUGCAAUGGAGGUGUACGUGUACUCUGCCAGCACGGAUUUAAUGGGCUUUGGAUUGUCAUACUACCAAAACAAGCUGCGUGACGUAGUGAUGGCACAGACCGAGUUGUUCGAGGAACAUUCGACAUCCCAGGAGGAUCACCUAAGCAACGUUAUUCUCAGCACAGGAAACCUCAACUCUUUGGCUCUGAUCAAACUGCAGGCAGCUGCUCUAAAAGUUCUACUGAAUUCAUCUGGGCAUAUGCCCGAAAAGCAGUUAGCAGCUCUCUUCCAGGAUAUUAAGGACCUAAAACUGGAUCAAAUAAACCGAGAGGAACUGAUCCGGCACUUCCUGUACAUACUCUACGAGUCAUCCGCCUUUGGAGACUUGGAGAUGAGACAUCAGUACCUGGAACCUUGGCUUAAAGAACACCCAGCUCUUCAAGAGUUAUCCAAACAUCUUUACACAUGUCUGAUAAAGAGAAAAAGCCAAACUCUGGUGAAUCUGCCCUGGAAUCGAAGACUCUUUCCCCGACUCCGUGACUACGCCUCAGAUACUGACAGCACCUUGGAGGUUAAGUCCUUAAACCUGAGUGCUCUCCUACUGGCCCGCCUUUUGGUGGCUGAAAUUCCCACUAGUCCUGUGACAACAGUAAAGGAUAUGAAUGCCCUGCAGUAUUCGCAGGGCCUGCAGGGGCGAACAGUGACCGAGAAGUUUGCUAAUGAUUUCCUAACUAAUCUGGCUAUCUUCCUCCAAGGGCUGCAUAGCCUUUUGUUGGAUAACUUGGAGGCAGCUAAGUUGGAGCUGCCGCAGUACGCUGAAUUGGUAACUCGCUUCCAUUGGUUCAAUCGACUGCUUGUCACGGCCCAGCAAAAACUCCUGUACAACAAUGUGGUGCAUUUGCCACUGAUGCACAAGCUGGUGCUUCAUUUCCAAUGGCUGGAGAAGCAUUUAGUGUCGCCCCUGCUGGAGCUGACUUCCUCCGAUGGGAAGCUCACUAUUCGAAAGAGUAUGCUAAAGAUAAGAGAAUACAUUGAGGAGACAAAGCGACCCCUGAACGUGACAUGCAAGAUUUACUCCAAGCAGUUCACCCAGUUCCAGCCCUACUAUCAGGAUCAACAGAUACAACUUCACAACGAUUUGGAGCAACUGGUGGCGUUGCUAAGUGUGGUGCCCAUCUAUGCUAGCUUGGAGCUCAACGAUUGGCUCAAGAAAUGGACGCUCCUGCAGUCGGAUGAAGCAAACAAGUGGCGCACGUUCCUGCGCAGCCACACUCACGGCUUCCAACUAAAACCCUUUGAGUUGUGCGGAGCCCUGACCAAUGAAACCCUACAAGCCUGUCUGCAGAGGCUGCAAACCAAGCUACAGGAAGCCCACGAGACCAGUACCGAGAACGGAUUGGAUCUAGAGUUGGAUCUUAAUGCUAUAAAGGCCCUUUUGGAAGCUGACAAAGAGGAGAACCAGUAUAUACACCCAGAUUCGGUGGCUUCCAAUUCUCCACCACUUCUCCUGGCUGCCUUGAGAGAGUUGUUUGUGGAGCGCUUUUUAAUGGGAACUCUCCGCGAAGAUUUCGAUGAGGAGGUGAAUCCCCUCUAUACCGAUCAAUUGCUCACCCUGAACAGCAACCUCUGGAACUGCCUGAAAACUUUGGACAAUGCCUCCCACGCUGAGAUUACAAGAGCUUGGAUUGAACUAAGGAGAGAACUGACUCAGCUACAAAGCCGGGAUGAGUUUUCAGCAUUGCUACAGCAGGUCAGCAGUAGCUACAAGGGAUUACGCACUUAUCGGCGGCAGUAUCGCAACUCCAUUCAAUGCUACCAGCUGGAGAAUCUCUCGACGCGUCUGGACUGCGUGCAAGGGCCGUCGGGCGAAGAUGACACCGAUAUCUCCAGUCGCUACAGCUAUCAGGGUCCACCCUUGUCGGGUGUCUUCCUAUCCCUAAUCUGUCAAUCGAACGGACAGCUACGAUCGGUGCCCCUUAGCGAGUUGCAGGAAUGGCGCUCAUCCCUACAGCAAACCCGUCACCUGCUUUGGGAGAACUCUCAGCUUCUAAGUCCCAGAUACAGCGCCAGGGUUAACCGUCUAUCAGAGGCCCAGGAAAAUGCCAGUCAACUAUUACAGGAGGUGGAAUAUGUUACCCACUUAAGUCAACGGGAACAAAAGUCAAACGAAGGCUUCGAAAACUGUACCAAGGAACUGACUGAGGUGCUUAAAAACUUAAAGGAGGAUUCAUUUAAUGAGGACUCCAUGGUAAGCGCCUUUAAUGUUGCAUUAUCCAACGCCUUGGUGGGAGGCCUCGAGCUGUGCCUGCUCACCAAUGCCCCAUUGAUUGAUCCCGUGGAGAAGAACCGACUGAAAAACCAAUAUAUAGCAGAGGAUAUCGCCUGCCUGAAAACCCUGACUACUACCUAUGACUUCAUGAAGAUCGUGAUGAAAUACAGACAUUUUGGAGCCGAGAUAUGUAAUCAGCUGGAGGUCAGGCUGAAGGCGGCUCUUCAGCGGCAGCAGCAGCUCUCCCAGAAGCUGGCCCUGCGGCCGGAGCAAUGUCUGUAUGCCGCCCUAGUCCAGGAUCUUACCCACUUCCUGCACACGAAUGGCGAUUGCGAUACUCUCUACAAGCUCUUCCAGCUCAUACGCUCUGAGUGGGGUAACUUCAAGGGAUCACAACCGGCCACGAGUGCGCAAUUGAAGAGCAGCACUGAGGCUCUGGGAAAGCUGGAGCUAUGGCUGGCCAACGCCCAGAGAUUCGUGCAUCACACACUCUCCAAGUAUUCAGCUUACUACCAGGACUUUGUAGAGCCCAUCAAGUGCGCAGUAAACCAACUGCGAUUCGGCUUCGAAUCUCUCAAGGCAAUCUUCGCGCGAGUCCAGCGGGCGGGCAGCGUUGCGCAGGCGGAGCAAGUGCAGAAAACCAUUGCCGACAUCGUUCAAUUCCCGUCUCAGCAACCACUGGUGAUUAGAAACAGCAGGCUAUACAGCCUGCUGUCCGAACUGCCCCACAGCGAGUACGAGUACUUCCGCCUGCUGAAGGCCAAGUUGAGCGAGCUGAGCAACUACAUCUCCCUGGGAAACGUGAUAGAUGAGACCACCUUUGCGGCCUACGACGAUGCGCUGAGCAUAUGCAAUCAGACCUGGCAGCAGGAGGAGCAACGUCGCUGCCAGCUCAAGGCGGAGGAGGAGAGUCUGUAUGUGACCAGAACCAAGGGAGGAGUGGAGAGCGAGGAGUUGCAGGAAUUGCACGAGAUUGAGCAGAAUUUCCCCACGAACCUGGACGAAGAUUUUGCCGAGUUCGUAUCAGAACCCACCUUGGAGCAGGUCCUAAAACUGGACAAGAAGGCGAGCGCAAAGGCCAAGCAGGCCCAGAUCGUUGUCGAGGAGGAUUACGCCUUCCUCGCUCGCAACUUUAUAGCUGUGAUGGGUCAGCACACGCCAGUUUAUUACAAGGAGCCCCCCAAGUCCUCGAAGGAAUCGGAGCUUCACCUACUGUCUCCCUAUCGGGCACGCUUCCAAGUGUUUGCCCACCUGCAUGGACAUUAUAAGGCCGCCUUGGGAACGAGUCUGGAUGAGAGGGCCUGCAAUGGCUUGGCCUUUGGACUGGCUCUGCAACAGAGGCAGCUGAAGGAUAUCGAGUUGGAGGAGGGAGUGGCUGCUACUCCCUACGAUUUCUACAAGGACUCCAACAUAAGUGAAAUCCAGAACUGUCUGGGCGUAAUGGAGCGCAUUGAGAAGCGCGUGAUGGAGCAGCUGGAACUGUAUCCGGAGCAUGCCGGCUUGGCGGACAUCAAGCUGGUGAUUGGCCGCAUCCGCCGGCUGCCUGCUCAUGCCUCCGUGGUGCGCUUCAACACGGGCUUCCAGCUGCUGAGGCAGAAGCUGGCCUUGUGGAACGAGGUGGCGCACAGGAACAACAACCUGGUAACGGAGGAGACUGAGGUGGCCGAGUUCGUUCAGCGCUGGACACGGCUGGAGCUUCAGCACUGGCGCAAUUGUCUGGGACAGACGGCUGCCCAGGUGGAGCUGCAGGCCUAUCGCUACUGGUUCUUCAUUUACAACCUGCUGCAGCAGUUCCUCCACCAACAGCAACUGGAUCAGUCUUAUACGGAUAUCAAGUAUGCAGAACAGCGCUUCGCCCAGGAGCAGCUGCUGGACGCCCAGGACCUGGGACAGGCUCAGCGCUUGGAACUGCCACAGGUUGUGCGUAUUCUACGGCAGUUUGUGGAGGCCUCCUGCUACGGUGACUUCCAUAUACGUCUUCAGUUGCUGCACGGCUUCGAGAUGUAUUUACACAAUGUGGAGCGGGCGGGAAAGAUUGAAGGAUUGCCACCACUAAUCGCCGCCUUGCACAAUCUUCAGCUGUACUUCUCCCAGUUUGCCGGCGAGGUUGCAGACGCAGUGAAGUUCAAGCGGUCGCCCAUCGAAAAGAAGCUCAAGGAGUUUGUCAAGAUCCAGAGCUACAGCAAGGACCUGAGCUACUUUAGUAUGCGGAACAGCGUGGCCAGCGUCCAUCGAAACCUGAACAAGUUCCUCAAGGAGUACCGGCUGGCGUUGCAGGAGAAGAUCAGCGAGGUUUUUCAGCCUAAGGAUUCCACAGCCAAGGACUACACCUUUGGCAGCGACAAGGGCAAGGGUCUGAGGAACUACAACAAGAUGAAGUAUCUGAAUACGGAGCGACAGCAGUUCGUGGCCAGCGAGAAGCUGCUGGAGAAGUACGCCAUUCCGCCGGAGUUUGUGUCGGAGAACUCGCUGCUCCAGCGGCUGGACAAGCACUUCAGGACUGCCCGCCACGUUGUGAAGGAGACACUGGGACAAGUGCCCUAUAGCGAGCUAAUCACUGACUUGGAUGACCUGCUGGCCAGUCAGCUGGAGCGAUGCGAGCAUUUGCGCUCUCUGAAUGUGGAUCGGUCAAAGGAGCGGCCCCAGCAGAAGCAGGAGGCCAAGCAGAUCCUGCAGCAGAAACGCAAGGCCCUCACGGAUCUCUUCAAGAUGCUGCAUCGCAUGGGUGCCAGCUACAAGACCGGUCUCUUGGAGCUCUCCCUGCGCAGUGAGUUCGAGGACUUCCAGCUGCCACCCUUCUCCAUUCGGGCCAUGUUGCCACGUCUGCACCCCAGUGCCCAGGAGUUGAACGAGCACCUGGAUCUGUACUACAUGAAGAGCGUUUUCAAGCUGAAGCUGCUCCAGAACAUUAUGCUGACCCCGCUGUCGGAGCUGGGACCUCCCAAUAUCGAACGCAUUAAGGGCUUUGCAGUGGAUCUGUUCCUCCUCGUGCAGCAGCAGCGGGAGCAGCUAUCCGGAUCCACCAAGGAGCUUCAUGAGCUGCGUAACUCUUUGGAGAACUUGCGAAAGCUGGCUGAGGUGGUGCCGCAGGCGGAGAGUGACCCAGGUACGCUGAGUUUUGCCAGAAAUGCCGAUGCGGCAACUCUACUCAAGCGUAAUCUCUGCCAGAUUCAUUACGUGGUGAAGCAGUGGCAGCUGCUGCUUAGCUGCGCCCCAAGUUCCAUCAGGGAGAACAGUGGCAACAGCAUUCUGUUGAGGAGUGUUCCCUUGGCCCAACAGGAACUGCAAGAUCUUAGCAGGCAAAUCCUGAGCAGCAGUCAGAGAUUGCUAACCGAACUCAACGCCGGUAGUCUGGAGCUCCUUUCCAGAGAAAAGCUGGAUUACUAUGAAAAGAACUAUCAACAAAUUUUGCAAAUCAUAGAGAAGGCUUUGGAAACACUUCGAGCAGGUCAGAACAAUGAUAUUCUGCCAGUGGCACAGCCACUCCUAGAACUGCUUAUGAACCUACGAGCCGAGAAGCCCGCGGAGAUCGGCUCGGAGACCAUAGAUCUGGCCAAUGCCGACACAGAGCUGGCCAAUAUAGCCCACAGUGUCUUAAUCUCGCUGCAGAAGAUUUACAAGCAGCAUGUUGCCAAGAAGGAGGAUCAGCAGAAUGGUGGCAAUGCCAAGGAGCAGCAGAAUCAAGAGUCGCAGGAGGCGUUGCGGGAGCAGCACCUGAAGAAGUGCCUUACUGGGGAACUGACCUCCGAUUGGCAACAGCUCACCCUGCCCCGUGUACUCGGCAAGCUUUCCAAUGUGCUGCUCGUGCUCAGGCAUUCGGACUCCCAAGGUCAGGACAAAUUACUUUGCGUGCGACGAGCCAUCGCCCUGCUGCCCAUUCUGGAGCAGUAUCAGCUGUUGGCCGAUUACCUGCUGCUCCAGCAGCUGGCCACCCACAAGGUCUCCGCCAAAAUGCUGUCCAUUGUUUUGACCGUGUUCGUGGAGAUUGGCAGCAAAGGCUUCUGUGUGCCGCCCGAUCUCAUGCAGGAUGAGGAGGGGCAGUCGAAGCAGGACUCGAAGAACGGCGAGGGCUUCGGUCUGGAAGAUGGCACUGGAGAGAAUGAUGCCUCCGAUAAAAUCGAGUCCGAGGACCAGCUUGAUGAUGCUAAGCGACCGGAGGAUCGGAAGGACGAGGGCGACAAGCAGGAGCCUGACUGCAAAGAGGAGAAGGGCAUCGAGAUGAGCGACGACUUCGAUGCCAAGAUGCAGGAUGUGGACAAGCCCGAAGAGGAUGAUAGUGGUGAGUCUGAAGAUGAGGACGACCUCAAUAAGGAGAUGGGCGAGACGGAGGAGGGUGCUGAGAAGUUGGAUGACCAGAUCUGGGGCGAUGACGAGGAGAAGCCCGAGGAAGAGGAGGAGCAGCCCGAGAUGAACGAGGAGGAUCAGGGCAAGGGCAGCAAGGAUGAGAAGGAUGAGCAUAACGAUCUGGACACCAAGAACGAUGCAGCCAAGGAAGACGGCAAGGAUGAGCACGAGAAGGACGGCUUGGAUGCGACAAACGAGCCGAGCGGCGAGGACAAGCGCAAGGAGCAGGCCAAGGAUAUUGACGACAUGAAGGAUCCUGAAAUGGAUGAGGAACAAACCAAUGCCAUGCACAACGAGCUGGAGGAGCCGCCCGAACCCGAGGAAAUGGAUCUGGGUGACAUGAACAACGUGGACGAGGGUCACGACGAUCCAGAGGAGCAGCCCACCGACGAGAAUCCAUUUGACAUUGAUGCCAUGAAGGAGAACAUGCAGCCGGCUGAAGAGCCCGAAGCAGAUGCUGAGGAGGAACCUGCUGCAGAGGAGGAGGGCAACGAUGCCCAGAGCGAGGGCAGCGACUCAGAAGAGGAUGAGGCGGGCACCGAAUCUAAGCCAGCUCAAGAAGGCCAAGACGAGGGAGACGAAGCCACACCCGAAGACGAAAAGGAAGAGCCCGAGACGCAGACACGCGGCGAGAUCGAGGAGGAAGACGAACCAAAGCCGGAGGAUGCCGCUGAGGACGCCAAAGAAGAAGAAAAGCGCGAGGAAAAGCCAGAACAGCAUUCACAGUCCAAGGACAAGGCAAGCAAAGAGGAAAAUGUACAAUCCAUGCCUGAAACAGAGCAGAGCAGUUCUGCGGAUCAGGUGCAGCCACAGGACCAAGAUAUUAAGCAAGACCAAAAGCUGGACGAACAGGAAACGGGCGAGGAGAAGGAUGGUGUCGGUCAGGCGGAGAACGAUACCAACGAUGGCGGCCAUCAGGGUGUGGCUGAAACCCAGGAAACGGUGUCCCAGGAGGAGCGCAAAAACGAGCGGCAGACGCAGGAGAAGCGCAAGCAGGGACAAACAAACGAAGAACGUUCCUUGGGUGAAGCUGAAAAGAAUAAAUUAAAGCAGCUCAAGACAAUUGAUCAGCUGAAGGAGUCCAAGGAGGACGACGCUGAACAGUCGCAGCCGCCAGAACCCACGGAUCAAGCAGAGGCUGAGGAAUAUCAGCAUGUCAAGGAGCCCAAGAACAGUGACAAAACCACUCUAGAUAAUGCCACCGAAGAGCAGUCAAAGAAGAUCCACCACCAGGAAGAUGAGCCCACCAACGAAGAGGAGGGUGAGGCGGAGAAUAAUGAAGAGUUAAUGGAAACCGAAGAGCCCGCAGCAGAGCCUGAGGAAGAUGCUCAGCUGGAGCAGCUGGGCGCGGAAAAGACAGAGCAAAAGUCUGAUAAGCCCUCCAAGACGGACCAGUCAAAGGAACGUCUGGAAACACCAGAGGGAAUGGAGAUCGAGGGUGAGGUGGUGCCCACUAUGACAGUUCCUCGCAGUGCAGAGACCACCGCGCACAGCAACACCGAUAUCCUGCUGGACAAGAGCUCCCAUGCGGAGGAGUUGAGCUCAGCGGAGCAGAUUGAGCUCAGGCAGCAGUAUCACCAGCAGUUGACCACAUUCCGGGGGGCCCAGCCGCUGCACGAAGACUACGAGAGCUGGCAGAGCAUUUCUAACCGAAUGACUCAAAAUGCCCGCGAGCUCUGCGAGCAGCUGCGUCUCAUCCUAGAGCCCACGAAGUGCACGCGACUGAAGGGCGACUACCGCACUGGACGUCGCAUUAACAUGAAGAAAAUCAUUCCGUACAUCGCUUCGCAGUUUCGCAAGGACAAGAUCUGGCUGCGGCGCACAAAACCGGCGCAGCGUGACUACAAGAUAACCAUCGCAAUCGACGACUCCAAGUCGAUGCAUCACAACAACUCCAAGACACUCACUUUGGAGGCCAUCUCACUGGUAUCGCAGGCGCUUACCCUGCUAGAGAGCGGACGACUGAGCAUCGUGUCUUUCGGCGAAUCGGCACAGAUUAUCCUCAACCAUACGGAACAGUUCGAUGGGCCGCGUCUGGUAAACGCCCUGAACUUUGCGCAGGACAAGACAAAGAUUGCCGGACUCCUGGAUUUUAUACGCACUGCCAAUGCAGAGGAGAGCGGCCUGGGUGGCGAUAAUGGCCUGUUCGAGAACCUAUUGCUUGUGCUCAGCGAUGGGCGAAACAUAUUCAGCGAGGGUGCCCAGAAGGUCAAGAACGCCAUUAAGCUGGCGCGCCUGCAGCGCAUCUUCCUGGUCUACAUUAUAAUCGACAAUCCGGACAACAAGAACUCCAUCCUGGACAUACAGCAUGUGGCGGUCAAUGCGGACGGAUCUGUAAACAUCAGCUCCUACCUAGACAGCUUCCCAUUCCCCUACUAUGUGAUCGUCCGAGACCUCAACCAGCUGCCACUGGUGCUCAGCGAGGCGAUGAGGCAGUGGUUCGAGUUGGUCAACAGCGAGUAGUAAAGAAUUGGAUUGUAAUAAGUCAUCACGGAGAUAAUAUUUUUAGAUAUUAAUAUUUAAGUAAUGAACAUAUUUACUUGAUAAGUUAAAUGAA